GACCCGAAAGGAGGAGGGUUGUAAGGACCGGGACGCGUGUUCUGCCCCAUCCCCUCGCCCUGCGCUUCGAGCCUCUGACCCCCUCCUGCGGAACUUCGCCCCGCUCCGCUUCGGCCGCGGGAGGCGUUCGGAUGAGCCUCAAAAGAGGGGGGAGAGAAAGACAGAGCGCUGCGGCGGGGAGAGGAGAGCAGCGGCGGAGGCAGGCAGGGAGCGGAGGGGCCGCGGGCGCGGUGCCCGGCGCGGGAACGGGCGGGGAGCGGCGGGGGCGAGCGGCGGCUCAGCGCAGCUCCUCGCCCCGAGUCGACGUGGAGAGAGAGAGGCCCCCGCGAGGAUCCGAAAUGGCCGAGGCUCGGGAGGAGCCUCCCGCGCUCGCCUCGGCCCGGCUCGGCCCCGCACCGCGCCCCGCGCCCCUCGAGGCCGAACCCCCCCACGCCCCCCUUCCCCGGCGUCUCCCGCCCCCCUCUCGCCGCCCUCCCCCUGCCCGCCCUUCCCUUCCCCUCCCCUCGCCGCCGUCCCCUCCCCUCGCCGCCGGGCUCCCAGACCCCCGCGGGCCGCUCUGCUCCUCCACCCCCUCCGCCAGCCCCCGGGCCCCGCGUCCCACCCCCCGGCCCGGCUCGGCUCGGCCCGGCCCGCCCCCCCGGCCGCCCCCCCGCCCGGCUCUCGCGUGUUCCCAGCGGUGGCAGGAUGCCAAGUAGCCGCCUCGCCCCGCGCCAAAAUGCACCGGACGACCAGGAUCAAAAUCACCGAGCUGAACCCGCACCUCAUGUGCGUGCUGUGCGGCGGGUACUUCAUCGACGCGACGACCAUCAUCGAGUGCCUGCACUCCUUCUGCAAGACGUGCAUCGUGCGGUACUUGGAGACGAGCAAGUACUGCCCGAUCUGCGACGUCCAAGUGCACAAAACCCGGCCGCUGCUCAACAUCAGGUCAGAUAAAACUCUCCAGGAUAUCGUGUACAAGCUCGUACCGGGCCUUUUCAAAAAUGAAAUGAAAAGAAGAAGGGAUUUCUAUGCUGCUCAUCCGUCGGCUGAUGCUGCCAAUGGCUCUAAUGAAGACAGGGGAGAAGUGGCUGACGAAGACAAAAGAAUUAUAACAGACGACGAGAUAAUAAGCUUAUCCAUUGAGUUCUUUGACCAGAACAGACUGGAACGAAAAGGAAAUAAAGAGAAAGAAAAGUCGAAGGAGGAGGUGAACGACAAAAGAUAUUUGCGCUGCCCGGCAGCGAUGACAGUGAUGCAUCUACGAAAGUUCCUGCGGAGUAAGAUGGAUAUCCCCAACACUUUCCAGAUCGACGUGAUGUACGAGGAGGAGCCCCUGAAGGACUACUACACGCUGAUGGACAUUGCCUACAUCUACACCUGGAGACGGAACGGCCCGCUGCCCCUCAAGUACCGCGUGCGGCCCACCUGCAAGAGGAUGAAGAUCGGCCACCAGCGGGAAGGCCUCAGCAACAGCGGCGAGCUGGAGAGCGACUCCGGCAGCGACAAGGCCAGCAGCCCGGCCGGGGGGCUGCCCUCCACCUCCUCCUGCCUGCCCAGCCCCAGCACGCCGGUCCAGUCCCCCCACCCGCAGUUCCCACACAUCUCCAGCACCAUGAACGGCACCAGCAGCAGCCCCGGCAGCAACCACCAGUCCUCCUUCACCAACAGAGCACGGAAAUCCUCCAUAAACGGCUCCUCAGCCACUUCGUCCGGCUGACGGCCCGGCCUCGACCCUCCUCUCUCUAGAUCUCUCAUGCCAUUACAGCUUUAUAGAUGCUAAUACACGUGACUCUCGUCCAAACUGCUUUCUUUUGUAGUGACACUGAACUUGGCUAUAAAAGGCGAACUAGGUGACAUUCGCUGUGGACGUUAAUUGCGACGCGAGAUUGAAAUGUAAAUGGUUUCCAAAGGACCGGGAAGCAAACAGAAGUGACACCUGGGUGUGCUGAGUGCUGUGGGGCCCUCAGCCCGACCGAGCUGGUAGAAGCCCUGGGACGUAGCUGGUUAACCCAGACUAACUCCUCCACCGCGUUCUCUCCGAUUGUUAUUGUUAUUAUGCCGUUUUGUGAACCUGUAGAAAGCAAGUGCUUUUUCAUCUUGAAAUUCGACGAAACAGAAAGGAUAUGCAUAGAAUAAUGCAUAUAUGUAGCCAUGUCACUGUGAAUAACAAUUUUUGCGUAUUAGCCAUUUUGAUUCUUAUGUUGCAUCCUUAACUCUCUGUUGCUGCGCAGAACCGAUCAAAGGAAAAGUAAACUUCAGUUUUACAAUCUGUAUGCCUAAAAGCGGGUAUUACCGUUUUAUUUACUGACUUGUUUAAAUGAUUCGCUUUUGUAAGAAUCAGAUGGCAUUAUGCUUAUUGUACAAUGCCAUAUUGGUAUAUGACAUAACAGGAAACAGUAUUGUAUGAUAUAUUUAUAAAUACUAUAAAGAAAAUAUUGUGUUUCAUGCACUCAUGAUAUGGUUGUUAAAUUUCAGAACCGGUUCGACCCUUGCAGAUGCCGCCUGGUUGAGCUCUGCUCGCACUGCCGUAGAGCUGCAGCGCCGACGAAGCACAACCGCUCUGCUAAGCUGGAGGCGAUUGCCGAUCCCGAAAGCAUUUGACUGCCUUUGUCUUUCCCUCCCCCCCCCCCCCCCCCCCCCCAAGUGGUCUGUUUUUUACUUUACCAAAUGUCGUUGAAGUGAUGAAGUGAAGGAAAAAGAAAAAGGAAAAAAAAAAAGCAAAAAAAAAAAAGCAGAAAACCGACAAAAAGGUCGAGGGAGAUGAGAUGGAAGUCAUUGACGUGCUUGAUUGCCUUUUUAUUGCUCGGUGCGGUGGGGGCUGUGUUUUUAAAAGCACACGGAAUCACUAUAGAAGCCAUAAACUAUUUGGUAUAAAUUUUAAGGAGCCAGCAGUUGGCUGGCUGAAGGCGUUUUAUCUAAAUUUCUUUUAAUAUAUAUGUCUAUGGUACAGUACUAACUUCAUUAGAGCUUAACAGGUACUUGAAUCCUUCCGAUCAAUUGCAGAGAAUGCCUCCUCGGUGAGGGCCGCCAGCGGGGCGUUUCCUGGGGGCUCCUGAGGGUGCGGUUUGUUCAGCAGAAGGGACUUUUCCGCCACCAAACAGAACGGCCCGGAACACUUUUCAGUUCGUGCUUUGCUUUGGUCGAACUUCGUGUGUGUUCAUCACCCACCAGUUAUACAUUUGUGAGGGUGUUUAUUCUAUAUGGAUAUUGUUUCAUGUUUGUACGGGAAAAUUGUAGUUAAACAUUUCAUUGUCUCCAGUCUGCAAAAGAAGCACAAUUCUAUUGCUUUGUCUUGCUUAUAGUCAUUAAAUCAUUACUUUUGCAUAUAAAUUGCUGUUAUUUGUCCCGCUUGUUUUUAUAGACCAGGUGAUUGCAAACCCUCCACAAGGUUCUUGCUUAUUGAUGUAUAAUGUCUUGUUAAACAAGAGUUGAUAUUUUUUCCUGUAGUAAACAUGUACAGUUCGAUUUCAACGGUAAAAAACUUCAGUUUUAUAUACACGAAUAACUUUCAUUUAUAGUUGAUCAAAGAAAUAAACAAAUAAAAGGGAUAAUUCAUUGAAAAA